CACCACACGGUGCUCCUGAUGAACUCUGGACCAGAGCGACAGCGCCCUCUAGUGGAACCACUCAUAUCUGUCGCAUGUGCAUACGUCAUCAUGUAGCGACAACAUGCUUCUCCUGUUACACAGGCUAAAGUUGCUAAUAAAGCUCAACAUUUGUUUGUUAACAUAGAAUAAGAUUUAUAAAAGUGAUAUUGAUAUUUUACAACCAACGUUUAUCUCAAAGCGUCAUUUUUCUUUCUCUACAAAAUAAAAGCACCCGGAAGUCCGCUCUCUGUGUGUAAACACAUGGCCCCGGGUUCGCGUCUGACACUCAACGAUGCCCAAACUCUUGGAUUUAAAGUUUCCGGCAGGAUGUAAGACUCUCCCCGAAGGCUUCUGGUCCGCCGUGGACGUGUGGAUCAAGAAACCUCACGUUGUGAACAAGCGUCUGUGCGGAGUGAGGGAGACAGAGAGCGAAGAUGUGGGCAGAGAGGCUCUGGAGCUGCUGCUGCUGGAUCAGCCUGAGCUCUCUGAGGACGUGUGCUCCUUCCUGAGCAGCGAGGCUUCACCUGCACAGACACACGAAGAAGACAAACCCUGGUCCUCCAGCGUCAGGACCAUCAUCCCCAAAGUGAACUGUUAUGGCACGAAGCUGCAGAAAGAGCUUGUACUCAAAGACUUCACGAGACAGCAGGUGAGCUUCCUGCCAUUCGAAGAGGAUUCAGAUGGGCAGGUGACUCUGAAGAGGGGCAACAUUCAUCAGAUCCAGCUCAUCAGUCCGGACUGUGAGGAGUGGGCCUUGGAGCUGCACGUGCUGACUCCAGACGCGUGGUUCUCUGACGGCGUGGCGUACCCUCGGCUGUCCUGGCUGUCCACAGAUCUGCUCCCUAAGCUGCUGCGCUGGGCCACCGAGUGCAAGAGCAGCGAGUUCAGGAGCACCCUGUCCCUGCUGCCGGUGGAGAAGUACAGCGUCAUGUACCAGCAGCUGAAGGAGAAGUACAAGGCCAUGGUCAAGGUCUGGCCCGAGGUCACAGAUCCUGAGAAGUUCGUCUAUGAGGAUGUCGCCAUCGCUACGUAUCUUCUUGUUCUGUGGGCCGAGGAGCGAGAGGAGAAAGGUCUGACUGGCAGGCAAUCGUUCGUGGACCUGGGCUGUGGAAACGGCCUCCUGGUCCACAUACUGACCAAGGAAGGGCAUCCUGGAAAGGGCAUCGACGUCCGCAAGAGGAAGAUCUGGGACAUGUACGGCCCCCGGACCCUGCUGGAGGAAAAGGCAAUUACUCCCAGCGAGAGCUGCUUAUUCCCGGGUACGGACUGGCUGAUUGGGAACCACUCAGACGAGCUCACACCGUGGAUCCCCGUUAUAGCAGCCAGGUCCUCUCACUGCUGCCGCUACUUCGUCCUGCCCUGCUGCUUCUUUGACUUCUAUGGAAAAUACCAGAGGCGCCAGUGUAAGAAGUCUCAGUACAAGGAAUACAUCGACUUCAUCAGCGAGGUGAGCCAAGUCAGUGGCUUCAACACAGAGGAGGACUGCCUGAGAAUACCUUCCACCAAACGGGUGUGUCUGGUGGGAAAGUCCAGGAACUACCAGCUACCUGACGAGGCCGAGGCCGAGCAGCGGAGGGCUCAUUACGUCAAGAGCCGCCAGACUGCCUCCGGGAUCACAGUUCAAAGGUCAGACGUCGGACAUGAUGGGGAAAGUUGCCAUGAGAACAGAGACAAUGACAGGACCCCCGGGAGCAGCUGGGGAGCCGGGUUCCAGCCCAGAGACAGGGUUGAAAUGGUUCGGAACUGCGCUUCUCUCCCGCGGGACUUUGUUGACGGCGUCGUCCUGCGGGUUGCUAAUGUCCUGCUGGGAAUGACCGAGGAUGACGGCAGCGGCUGGAACCGAGGAGGCAGCCUCUCUGUGAGCGAGGUCGCCGGGCUGCUGGAGCAGGAAACCCUGCGGCGGCUGAAGAAAGAGUGCGGAGGUCUUCAGACGCUGCUCAAGAACAACCACCAAGUCUUCAGAGUCGAAGGAGGGCGGGUGUACGUCAGAGACUGGAGGGACAGGAAGGCCUCCAGGGCGAAUACCAAGAGGACGCCCGUGGCCCCCGGCGCCCUGAAAACCCGUCCCUGCUGGUUCUAUGACCAUCACCCUCAGCGCUGCCCCCUGCAGGCUGAACACUGUGCCUUCGCCCACGGACCAGAAGACCUGCGACCCUCGACGAGACCUCUGAAGAAGAUAAAACAGGACGCUUUCUGAUUGGCUCUUGCCUCUGAUCAUCAGCGUUCAGCCACAGAGAGGAAGAAGUUCACUUCCGAGGGGUUUUAUUGAUGUGACGUUACAUCAUUUCUGGGAAUUGAGGUUUUGAGAUUUCACAGUAUCGCCUUUCAUCCGUGUGACGCGUCCUGCUGCAGCUUCAGUCUCACAGCUGGAGCUCGCCGACUCCUCUGGUCUACAUUGUCCGCUGACAUGUAAUUUCCAGGGAUUAUCCUUUUUUAAUUUAUUUAAGAAGUGGACUUGUUCAGCUCCGACACGUGUAAAGUCACUGUCAACUUAUAUUAAAGUGUGUUCCAGGUAACAUCUUGGUAUUUAUUUAAAGAUUAGAGUCUAUCGUGGCUGUUUCUGUUUUUUAUCAUUUCUUGUCCCAGUGAGAGUUUUUUUUUUUUUUUUUUUUGGUCCAGCACUCAGCAUAUUCUCCAACUUUCAACUCCGCUGCAGCGAAACUUUAAAAGCUUUUGCAAACAUCACUCUGACAGUUAAUUCACCUCAGACUGGUACUUUGAGGUUCACGGUCAGGGCGGAGGAUAAAGACUGGGUGGCGCUUGAACAAAGUAAAUGUUAGCACCAUGAAUUAUUUGUUGGCGGGAGUCGAGGGUGAGCCGCAUGGCGUCCCCUCUGGACGGCGCUCACCGCUGAGUCGCUCCGGCGUGGUUUGCCGUCACCCCGUGGCUCAAAUGUCAAAGACCCUGAGGCCCAGCCAGGUGCGGGGGGGGGGGGACGACAACAAUCAGAUCAUUUUAAUCCGUCUCUAUGCUGAUAUCGAUUAUGAAUUGAUGAAGCUGGAAGCAUCAUCGUCAGCAACAAUUUAAUAAAUGUGAGUCUAUCACAGGAUAUUUAACGAUGUGCUGAGUGCAGUUCUCAUCAAACGACAUCUCGGUCGUCACUUUGGUCCCGUUCGAGUCCACUGAAGUGCUAAAUAACUCCUGAGGUUAAAGGCUCACUUCACACUAAGUAUAGUAAAAACAUUUUCUCAAUAUUUUUGACCAGAAUAAAGCAAAUUAAAUGUUCGAAAAAUGA